AUGGGCUCAUACUGCACAGAAAUAACGCCGAAGAAAGUCAUUAAAUACCUGUGGGUCUCCAUUGACAGUAUCCUGAGCUACGCCGAGAAUAUCAGGGCAGUAGCCAUCCGAGCAGCAGAAACAACUACGGCUGUAAGCAGGUUGAUGCAUAACAAGGGUGUGCCGAAGUCUAGCAAGAGAAGAUUGCUAGGAGUAGUGGCACAAUCUAUUAUGCUGUACGCUGCUCCUAUAUGGGAACAGGCAAUGAUAGUUCUAAGCUAUAGGAAAGUGCUAGAAACGGUUCAACGGAGAGGAGAAAUUAGGAUAUGCAGCGCGUAUAGGACAAUUUCUCGAGACGCAGUGCAGGUGAUAGCUGGUGUGCCACCAAUAGAGCUCCUUGUUCUGGAGAGAGAUGAGAGGCAGAGGGGCGCGACCAAAGUGGAUGCUCAAGCCAGACUGCUGCAAAAAUGGCAAGAUAAAUGGCACAGAUCGGAAAAAUUAGCCUGGACUCGGCGCCUAAUCCCUUGGUUAAGCAGAAAGCACGGUGAAACAACAUUUCACCUGAGCCAGGCGCUGUCUGGUCAUGUAUGCUUUGGCAAGUACCUGCACAUUAUUGCAAAGAAGAAAAAAGAAAGGUGCUGGUACUGUGAGAAGGACGAUACCCCUGAGCACACGCUUUUUAGGUGCUGCAGAUGGGUUAGAAGGAAGCACGAGGCGGAGGCAGAAUUGGGAGUUCUGCUAGAGCCAGAAAAUGUUAUCAGUGAAAUAUUGCAGAGUGCGGAGAGCUGGGAUAUUGUAGCGUACAUAUCAGAGAUGUUACUAAGCAAAGAAGAAGACUAG